GUACAAAAUCCAAAGCAAGCAAAACACAAACCCUAACGGAACCUAGAAAAGCUCUUUCUUUGGCAGUGAAAAUUGAAAAUCGACGGCGAAAAUGUUGAGGCUGGCGUCGAAACGGUUGCUUGGGCUAACGUCAAGGGAGAUCCCGUCACGGCCCGUUCAGAUUCUGCCACGUCUUUACCACGAAAAGGUCAUCGACCACUACAACAAUCCCCGUAACGUCGGUUCCUUCGAUAAGAACGAUCCGAACGUCGGCACCGGUUUGGUCGGAGCUCCUGCUUGUGGCGAUGUUAUGAAGCUUCAAAUCAAAAUCGACGAGGAAUCGGGGAAGAUUGUUGAUGCUUGCUUUAAAACAUUCGGUUGUGGAUCGGCGAUUGCGUCUUCUUCUGUUGCUACUGAAUGGGUGAAAGGGAAAAGCAUGGACGAGGUUCUUACCAUUAAAAACACGGAGAUUGCGAAACAUCUAUCACUUCCACCGGUUAAGCUGCAUUGCAGUAUGCUUGCAGAAGAUGCUAUAAAGGCAGCCGUAAAAGACGUGGAACUUAAACGUGCCAAGUUGAAGGGCAAUUCAAGUGCUGAUGCUGCUAAUGCACCCAUCGAGAAGGCUGCUGAUGCCUGAUGUCUGUUUAUAUGCCCGAUUGUAAAAAAGUCUGGACGGUUUGCUUACAGAGAGCAUGUAAGGUAAGACUAAAAUGAAACCAGGGGGGACAUUAUGAGGACACAUGUAAUGUUACUUGUUUGGAACGUAUGUUUUUGUUCAAUGGAAAAAUUAUGUAAGUGAAUAAA